GACUGCACAGUUUGGAUGGACUGUAUGGUGUGUGAAUAAAACUGUUUAAAAGAAAGAGAGAGAGAGAUUAUGUGUUCUGGAUUCAGGGAUUAUGGAUAUGGCUCAUUUCCUGGGGAGAGUACACCUACUUGUCACCGCCCAGUCUUCACAAUGAUUAAGUUUAACGAAGUUCUCUGUAACUGUCUUCGUGCUCAGGCUCCCGCUACUCGGAGGGUCGAUGGGGUGGGCGGUCCUGGGAACUAGACCCGGCCGGGUGUCUCGUGAGACGUCCUAGAUCCUGUAGCAACCAGGGCCUCUGACCGUCACUCACAGUCUUGACAGGUCGGCCGGCCUGCGGCCUAAGGGCGUCGCCUGACGUGUAGCUCCCUCUUCCGCUGCGGGGUCCUCCGGGACCUCCCGGACGUCAUUUCCGGCGUGAGAGGGCGUGGUCUGUUGGGAGUUGGAGGUGACGGUGGAGGCCAAAGCCCAACCUGCCAAGAAGGGAGAAACCCCGGUCGUGCCGCCCCAACGCUCGACGACCCUGGAGGCCAUGGCUUCCCCGCUGAAGCUAGAGCAGGACGUGCAGGGGAAAGUAGAUUCUUUUCGGGCCCGCAUCGCCCAGGAGGCCGAGGAUCUGGUGUCCACCUUCUUCCCCCAGAAGCUUUCAGAGCUGGAUAGCCGGGUCCAGGAGCUCCGCCUGCAAGACCUGUCCAGAAUCCGUUCGGUGCCAGCUCCGGAGCUCCCCGCCGCCCCAGACACCGCAGGGGAUGGGCCCAACCGGGAUCCGCCGCCUCUGCAAACCCAGUCCUCGGCCAAGGUACCACCACUGCCGGGCGGCGAGGGACAGCUUCUGCGGAGCAACCAGCAUCUGGUGGAGCUGAUUGAGAGGGUGAAACCUGAGAUCGAGCUGCUCAGAGAGAAAUGCAACACGGUGCGGAUGUGGGUGCAACUGCUUAUCCCGAAGGUGGAGGACGGCAACAACUUCGGAGUGUCUAUCCAGGAAGACACCGUGGACCAGCUGUGGACGGUGGAGAGUACCGCGGCCUCCUAUCUGCGCCGCUUCUCCACCUACUACAACACUCGGGCCAAGUUGGUAUCCAAGAUAGUGAAGUACCCCCAGGUGGAAGAUUAUCGCCGCACUGUAGCAGAGGUCGACGAAAACGAAUACCUGAGUGUGCGCCAGAUCCUGCUCCAUGUACGGAACCAGUAUGCCACUUUGCAUGAUGUAAUCCUCAAAAACAUAGAGAAGAUCAAGACGCCUCGGAGCACCAAUACCGACAACCUAUACUGAGGACCUUUCUCCACCCCACUUUCCUUCAGGAGUUGGCCGAGCUGAUUAGGCAUCUAGAAGGCUGGUUAUUAAUGACUCUACAGGUGAUGAAACGACUGGAAAUGUGCGUUACUGUUUAGCUUGAAUGUCAUACAGCUUAUCCUCAUACUGAAUCCUCUUUGGCUUAAUUUUGAUUUGAUUUUCCUUUGGAGGGGAGAAUAGAAAGUGGUAAAAUUGGCCAAAGAGAAACGACUGCCAUUUUUUAAAGCAGCUUUGUAGAUGAAUGUUGGCCAAGGUU